ACUCGGAGGGAGCUAGUCAUUUCACUUUCCCACCCUAAAACAACUCCAAAAAUUUCCUCUUCUUCUUCUUCUCUCUUUCCGGGCAGUCUGUGGAGCACAUUUUUCUUUCUUUAAUUCCUAGGGUUUUUCAUUUUUCUGUUUUCUUUUCCCUGGGAUUUUUUGAAGCUCAACGGUUACAGCUUUAUCCACUGGAUUGAAAAGCUUUCUGGGGCUUGUUAUAAUUUCCAUGGCUUGGUGGGAAGGUGUUGAUGAAACUCGUCUUCUGAUUGCAUCUGAUCCUGGGGCAACAGGAAAUGGUGUUGGACAAUUGCUAUCGCUUCGCCAUCCAAAAAAAGGAAACACGACUUGCUAUCUCUUUGUCAAUGGGCUGCUUCAAGAACUUCAUUGGUUUAAGCAAUCUUAUGGAUCUUGGUUUGUGGGGGAUUAUGUUUGUGAAGAUGGCCGCCUAUAUACUGCAACUCCAGUUGAUCCUGUUUUCAUAAUGCUGCCAAUUUUUGAGGAAGCUAGAAUGAAGAAGGGGGAUGAUUCUGGGAAAUUCAGGCAGUUAGAUGAGAUAAUGUUCAUUAAUGGCUAUCCUGGAUAUCAACAUUUAUUGUCUAUUGCAGAGAAUUCAAUGCAAGUCGUUUGUGAAGUCAAAGAAGUUGGAUCAUCAAAGUUUUUUAGACUUGAUGAUUCAAAGGUUCUAGCUUGGUUACACCACAAGAUACGUGAGCUAAACCAGACACUUUGUGUACUUGACAAAAACUAUGCCGCACAGCAAGAGACAUUAGCUGAUGCAAUUUCGAUAUUGGGGGAGUACGUGAAGGAUGAGCCUUGGUUGAAGCUUCUGUGUGAUCAUCUGAAGAUAAACUUAAUAGAGGCAACUAGAGAAGCACCAGAAUUUGAGACCCUUUUAGCUGCUUCAGGAAGUAACCUAGGAUCUCAGAGUGCCUUACAGGGAAAAGGAAGUGACAAAAAGAGUGCAAAAUCUGGAAAGCAAGCUAAAAAGGUGAAAGUGGAGACAGAAUCAAGGAACAUCAAAGAAAUGUUUUCCAGGGCGUCAACAAGAAGGGGAAAGUGAACCACUGUAACAAAAACAGAGAUAUUAGCCAUAUUGCCUCUAGCCACAUUUUCAUGCAUUGACAUCAACUUCCAUGCUCUGUCGUUGGUGCCAAUAUUUUGAUCAAUGUCUACUCUCACAUUGUAAGAAUACUUGAAGGUAAAACCCCGUGAUUUGUAAGACCUAGUUUUGGCAUACCUAAAUGAUAAGAAAUUGUUAAAUUAGCGUAA